CAGCGCACGCGCGGUAGUCCUAGCUGUCGUCAUCAAACUGAGUAAAAUCGUAAACGAGAAAGCUAACAAGAAUAUCUGUUUUAUUUUAAUUCACGAUAUUAUCUGUCCAUUAUGGCGGAUAAUGUGGAAGGAGAAGGUGUGGGAUUCAAUGAGAACAGGAUGGCGCAGCCGCAGUCUCUGCGAUUCCGCACCCCUGCUCCUCCCCCCACGCCAGUAAUGCGCAAUCCUCCACCCCUGUUGAGACCUCCACCUCCACCUUUCGGUGUUAUAAGAGGGCCUCCUCCUCCACCGAGGCCUCCAUUCGGACGCCCACCUUUUGAUCCAAGCAUGCCACCCAUGCCACCACCUGGAGGGUUGCCCCCACCAAUGGGACCCCCUCAUUUGCAGAGGCCUCCUUUCAUGCCUCCGCCUUUGAGCAACAUGCCUCCACCUCCAGGAAUGAUAUUUCCCCCAGGAAUGCCCCCAGUCCCUUCAGCUGGGGCACCUAAGCUACCCCCAUCAGAGGAGAUCUGGGUGAAGAAUACCACUCAAGAGGGAAAGGUCUAUUACUAUAACGUUCGCACGCGGGAGUCAGCCUGGACCAAACCUGAAGGUGUAAAGAUCAUCCAGCAAUCUGAGCUCACUCCUCUGGCGGCCAGUCAGCAAGCAGCAGCUGCAGCGGCAGCAGCAGCGGCGGCAGGGGUCGCUAUGGUCACCAGCCCUGGGAGCAGCGUCAGCAACACCACUACCAACGCUAACGGCGGCAUGAGCAGCGUCCAGUCAGUGAGCACCACGGCCCCAAUCAGCGUCUCCCCAUCCCUAAGCUCCACCCAGGCCCCCUCGCCCAGCCGCAACCUCAGCUCCAGCCCCGAGCUGGCCACCAGUCCGGCUCCAUCGCUGCCUCCACCUGGGCCAAGUCCGGCCCACACCGAGAUGCCUCCUGUAGCCUCUGUGCCCUCCACCGGGGGAGUGACACCCGUCACCGUGGUGAGUGUCUCCGGGGUACCAGCAUCGAUGACCCAGGUGCAGACGGUCCCCCUGAUGCCCCAGAGUCUCCCGGGGACCCUGCCUCACUCUGUGCCCCAGCCCACCGCCACCGUGCCAGCCUUCCCUCCGGUCAUGGUGCCUCCGUUCCGAGUGCCCCUGCCAGGGAUGCACAUCCCUCUGCCCGCGGGAGGGGGACCCAUACUGUCUGUGGGGAGACCGCCGGUGGGUGAGAAUUCGCCACAAGCCUUCACCCACUCACACUUGACGAAGGGCCUGCUUGUCUUCCGUCCAGUCCAUUCUCACUCAUCUUACCCAGGUAUGCUGCCAGGCAUGGGCCCACCUUUGGUACCCAUGGUCCACCCCCAGCUGACCAUAGCAGCUACACCUGCGACACUGGCGGGUACCCUACCCCUACCAGAGUGGUCUGAGUACAAGACAGUGGAUGGGAAGACGUACUACUACAACAACCGCACACUGGAGUCAACCUGGGAGAAGCCUUUGGAGCUGAGGGAAAAAGAAAAGGAAGCCGAGAAAGCCAAAGAGAGGCAGGCUGCGGAGGACUCUGAGGAUGUAGACAUGGCUGAUCAGGAGGACCUCGUCGAGCCAAAGGUUGAGAUAAAAGAGGAGCCAAAAGACGAGGAAAUGACAGAAGCAGAGAAAGCUGCACAAAGAGCCAAGCCUGUCGCUUCAAACCCAAUCCCUGGAACCCCCUGGUGUGUGGUUUGGACAGGUGAUGACCAGGUGUUCUUCUACAACCCAACCUCUCGCAUCUCCCUGUGGGACCGACCGUCUGAGCUGGUUGGCCGAGCCGACGUGGAUAAGUACAUUCAGGAGCCUCCACACAAGAAGACUUCUGAGGAUGGACCCAAACCACCUGUCAUCACCAAGGAGAUAAAGGAGGAGGAGCCGGCCCGAGAGGAGAGUGUUGAGGAGGAGCCAGUCCAGGCCAAAAGGAGGAAGAAGGAGGAAGUGAAAGAGGCUGACCUGGAGAAAGAGGCGGCCCUGGAGGCCGAGCUGAAGGCAGCUCGGGAACGGGCCGUCGUGCCGCUGGAUGUGCGCAUGACGCAGUUCCGGGACAUGCUGCUCGAGAGAGGGGUAUCUGCCUUUUCCACCUGGGAGAAAGAGCUGCAUAAGAUAGUGUUCGACCCUCGUUACCUCCUCCUAAACUCAAAGGAGAGAAAACAGGUCUUUGACCAGUAUGUGAAAACCCGUGCGGAGGAGGAGCGGAAGGAGAAGAAGAACAAGCUGAUGCAGUCCAAGGAGGACUUCAGGAAGAUGAUGGAGGACUCCAGGCUGCAUGUCCGGAUGACGUUCAGCGAGUUCGCCGCCAAGCAUGCGAGAGACACCCGCUUUAAGGCCAUCGAGAAAAUGAAGGACCGCGAGACCAUCUUCGUAGAGUUUAUGACCGCCCUGAGAAAGAAGGAGAAGGAGGACAGCAAGAACAGAGUUGAAAAGGUCAAGCAGGACUUUUUCGACCUGCUGAGUGACCACCAUAUUGACGUGCAGCAGCGCUGGGCUAAGGUGAAGGACAAGGUGGAGACAGACCCGCGCUACAAGGCCGUGGAGAGCUCUGCUGCCCGCGAGGACCUCUACAAACAGUAUGUGGAGAAGCAAGCAAAGAACAUGGACGCUGAGAAGGAGAAGGAGCUGGAGAGGCAGUCUCGGAUUGAGGCGAGCCUACGGGAGCGCGAGCGCGAGGUCCAGAAGGCCCGCUCCGAGCAGACGAAGGAGAUUGACCGGGAGCGCGAGCAGCACAAGCGAGAGGAGGCCAUCCAGCACUUCAAGGCCUUGAUGUCUGAUAUGGUGAGAAACACGGACGUGUCGUGGGCAGAGACGAGGCGGAACCUGCGGAAGGAUCACCGCUGGGAGUCAUCCUCGCUGCUGGAGCGUGACGAGAAGGAGAAGCUCUUCAACGAGCAUGUGGAGGCGCUCACCAAGAAGAAGAAGGAGCACUUCAGGCAGCUUCUGGACGAGACGGCCUUGGUGAGACAAUCGGACAAUACAGCACAGGAAACCUCACGUUCAGCUGUCCAAAACAUCAACACUAUCACCCUGACGACCACCUGGAAGGAGGUGAGGAAGAUCAUUAAGGAGGACCCCCGCUGCAUCAAGUUCUCCAGCAGCGAGCGGAAGAAACAGAGGGAGUUUGAAGACUACAUCAAAGACAAGUACAUCAUAGCCAAGGCUGACUUCAGGACUCUUCUGAAGGAAACCAAGUUUAUCACAUACAAGUCCAGGAAGCUGAUCCAGGAGUCUGACCAGCACCUGAAGGACAUUGAGAAGGUUCUGCAGAACGACAAACGCUACUUGGUGCUGGACUGUGUACCUGAGGAACGCCGCAAGCUCAUCAACUUCUACAUUGAGGAUCUAGAUCGGCGCGGGCCCCCGCCUCCCCCCACCGCGUCUGAACCCACUCGCCGCUCCACCAAGUGAAGACCACAAACACCCCCCCACCCCCCCCCCUUAGCAAAGACUUGUACCCCUAGCUUCUCCCCUCUCCCAAAACAAUUCAUGACGCACAUAUGAGACACCCCCCCUGAACUUUAGUUUGCCUUUAAGCCCAGUGGUACUGGCCUGUGGGAAUGUGUCCGUGAUGCAAGUAGGAUUGGCACACACUGGCCGUUGGGGGCGCCUUUUGGACGAUCCAAGGCUACUGGCGAGCUUUAGCUCUCUGCCGAGCAGGGUAUUUAUUGUGUAACCCCCGAACAUCACACAUAUCCCCCCUGGCCUCCACCACUACCAUCCCAAGCGCUAUGAAGUGAGAAGGGGAGAGUGGUGUCGAGUUCAGUGUUCCUAGGCCACGUGACGACGUGGUGGAGAUGUCAUGGAGUCAGACGUAAAUGCAUUUUGGUUUGAAUGCAUGAUUGGAAUCCGAGGAAAAUGACUGCGAGAGGGCCUUAGUCGUGUGCUUUACUCAUACACAAGCUCUCACGGUUGUGCCUGUAAUUUGUGUGUGUGUGUGCUCAGACAUUGCGACUGUAUUUUGUUUUUGUUUUUGUUUGUUUGUGUUUACUGGAAUAAAUACAAGCUCUUCUGUUGAAGUUUAUAAAA